AUAGCUUCAAUUGACGUUCUUUAGCGGUGUUUCCCAUUUUGCACCACGACUCCACCAGGUAUAUCUGCUGCCCUAAGAAGGGCUACUGACUCCAAGCGCCUCACCUGCCAUGACCCAGCUCUCGUUGUACUGGGAUGCGGACGAUGAGGUCGAGGAUGUCCGACGAUACACUACGGGAGGUUUUCAUCCCAUUCGCCUCGGCGAUGUCAUAUCCUCUCCUUCUGGCAGCUCGCAGUACCGCAUUCUGCACAAGCUCGGUCGCGGAGCCUUCGCUACAGUCUGGCUGGCCGAGGAACUCCGUGCACCGUCACAGCGCUACGUUGCGCUCAAGGUUUGUGUCGCCGAUGCUGAUCCGUCACACGAGCUCAGUAUCUUCAGCCGGAUCCCGCAAGGUGAAGAAACGCAGGAUAUACUACGCCUGCGGGACAGCUUCUCUCUCAAGGGGCCGAACGGCGUGCACAUGGUCCUUGUGCAUGAUGUACUCGGGAGCCUUCUCAGUGUCGUGCGCUCACCGGUGGGCCAGAAGCAAGUGAGGAUGCUGUGCCGCCAGAUUGCGUGUGGUCUCGCAGCGCUGCAUCGUCAUGGGAUUGUGCAAGGGGAUCUCCACGCAGGGAACGCCGGCGUCGCCCUGCCUACACUGAACGAGCACUCACCGCGCGAGAUCCUAGAUUAUUUUGGCCAUCCGGAGUGCACCAUCAUCUUGCCGACUGUGCUUCCAGAGCACCCUGAGGCAUUCCCGCCAUAUCUCGUACCCCCAAUUUCAAUUAGUGACUAUAUGGUGAGCAAGGAUCCCGUGUUUGCAAAAAUGCCCCUCCAUGCGGAAAUCAUGGAUUUGGGGAAUGCACUCGUGAUCGACGAGCGGGUGCGCCCGUUUUGCACACCGGCAGCGGUGUGCGCCCCCGAGCUCAUGUUCGGACGCGUCGCUCAGUCAAACGACCUCCCGCCCACGAGAGCGAGUGACAUUUGGUCGUUUGCGUGCACGAUCUAUGAAUUGGUCUUUGGAGCGCGGCUCUUCCACUUUGCGGCGCCGAAUGACGCGCUGCUGGGCGCAAUGGCGACAUUGUGCGGUGAAGUGCCGUUGGUGUGGAAGAACUAUUGGAAUUCGCGGGAGCGACUGAGCAGUAUGAGUACAGAUUUCACAAGAGGCUGCCAAUGCAGAGUGGCGACACCGGCGAGAACACAUCAUGAAAGGAACUGGAGAGGUGCACACGCAGGCCGAAGUUGAGGAGGUCUUCACACUUCUGCGGUCUAUGCUCAAAAUCGAUCCAAAGGAGCGAGUGACCGCCGAAGAAGUGUUACAGCAUCCGUGGAUUGCUCGUGCAGGCGAAGUGUUAAGAUGAUGACCUGAAACAGUUUGUUGCACAUCUGGGUCAUCAACAGUACAUUGAAAAGCAAAUAACAAAUAGAUGGCAGGAAACCACGGUCAACGUGAGACACAGCGAGAUUGUGGCGAGUGGUGAGAACAAUUAAUGUGCGAAGCAUUCCUUUAUCCUCUUCAGUAGCCAUGGUUCUGGUGAACGUCACGGUGGUAGUAUACCAUGGAGAUAUACAUCGUC